GCAUACAUCCCAGCAACGAGGGAGGGUACAUGUAAAAAUAUAUAUAUAUUACAGCACACGGACCAAUCGGUGCGUAAUGAUGCCGAGCAUGGCGAGGUGUGAUUUCAAUUUCAAAUGGUCCCUGUUCACCGGCGGCUGAGAGGAGCCACCCAUCCUAGCCAGAGCGCACGACUUACAUCCACACACACACGCACACCCUCAUCACACAGGCAGAUUCACAGCAGGCGCGCACACACUCACGCACGCAGACUCACAUCAGACGCACACACACUCACGCACAAAGACUCACAUCAGACGCACACACACUCACGCAGGGAGACUCACAUUAGACGCACACACACGCACGCACGAAGACUGACAUCAGACGCGCACACACGCACGAAAGACAGCAGGCGCGCACACACACGCACGCACGAAGACUCACAUCAGACGCACACACACGCACGCACGAAGACUCACAUCAGACGCGCACACACGCACGAAAGACAGCAGGCGCGCACACACGCACGCAGACUCACAUCAGACGCGCGCACACGCACGAAAAACAGCAGACGCGCACACACGCACGAAAGAGAGCACACGCACACACACUCACGCACGCAGACUCACAUCAGACGCACGCAGACACCAGCGGGGGUUGGCGGCAGGGGGCUGGUGGUCCUCUUCAUCCGCCAGGCAGACACCGCGCGCGUCGCGUGCUCACUGCACGAGUCGGAGCCUCCAUCCACUCGCUCCCAUCCACCAUCACAAACGCGCUUGCUCGGCUUUCUGCCGUAGUUUUAUUGUCUUUGUUGUGAUGUUUAUAGCAUUAGAAAUAUAGCAUUUCUCAUUCUCGUCUUUUUAUUUUUUUUAUUUUUUCCCCCUCCCGUCUGCAACGUAAUAAAAAAAGAGUACACAAACAACCCGGGUGAAAUAGAGGAACCGAACAUGAGAUUGGCGACACUGGCACAGUGUGUCGCGGAAUAAGAUAACCUAGCCUGCAGUAGUAGUGUCCGUGGUAUAUAGAUCGUGCAGGGUCUACGGUAGCGAUAUCGCGUGGAGGACGAGGUAGGGGCGUUGAGAUAUAAACAGACAGGCAGGUAGGUAGGCAGGUGGGUGGGUAGGUAGGCAGGUGGGUGGGUAGGUAGGUAGGCAGGUGAGUGGGUAGGUAGGCAGGUGGGUGGGUAGGUAGGCAGGUGGGUAGGUAGGCAGGCAGACACAGAAAUAGGUGGCAAUGCGCGUGGACGAGAAGGCAGAGGGGCCCGACUGCGACUUGGCCCCGCUGUGAUCUGGCAUCUGGGAUGCGGAUGAGUCGUCAUGCGGGGCUCAGCCUGUGCCUCCCGGCUGCGCGCCCUGCUGCCCGCAGCGCUCUGCUGCCUGGCAGCGCUCGCCGGCGAGAGGUCGUGGGGUCUCCCCGCCGGACUUGGCUCCCAGGGGCCCAACGGGUCGGCUCCCUGCACUGCGUCGGCCAGCAAUGGCACCGGCAGCAGCAGCAGAAGCAGCGCUGCGCAGAACUGCACGGAUGUCACUGCACCAGUGAGCAAUGUCGGAGCAUCUGUGUGUGAUGACAGCACGUGUAAGCAUGGUGGUAUGUGCACCGCCAACCUGCUGGGGAACAUCACAUGCACAUGUGAAUUCCAGUGUUUCCCAGAUGUUGUGCCAGUGUGUGGCUCCGACGGGCUAAGCUACCAGAACGAGUGCCACCUGCGCCAGACCGCGUGUCGCUUGCAGCGCAUCAUCACUCAAGUUGCGCCCGGACCCUGUUACACCGAACUCGGCUCAGGAUCAAGUAAUGGAGCCGACUAUGAGGGGUCCGGGUCGGAACAUUACAGAAAGUCGACCAAAUGUGGGAUUUGCCUGUACGGAUCUGAAUGCGAUGAGGAUGCUGAGGAUAUUGGCAGGUGCGUGUGCAACAUAGACUGCACGGGACACAACUCCAACCCCGUGUGCGCGUCAGACGGGGUGUCGUAUGAGAACCCCUGCCUGGUGAAGGAGGCGUCCUGCAUGAAGCAACAGCUCAUUGAGGUCCGCUUCCUGGGGAAGUGCAAUCCAGCAGACAGCACCCGUGACCAAGAAGAGCCAGUGGUGAGGGACCACGGGGAGCUUUGCCCUGAGAGCCUCCAGAACUAUUGUCGCAACGGACAAUGCCAUUAUUCGCACACGCAACGCCAUGCCUCCUGCAUCUGCGACCCAGGCUUUCUGGGCCAGCAGUGUGAGAGCGAGGAGAGCAGCAUGCUGUACGUGAUCCCUGACGGAGACAACCUCCGCUACGUGCUCAUCGCCUCGGUGGUGGGCGCCGUGCAGAUCACCAUCACGUUCGCGCUCGUCGUCUGCGUGGCCAGGAGAUGCCCGAAAAACAGAAGACGGCGGUAAAAGUGAAUUGUACGCUUUCUUCAAAAAGAACAACAGAAACUUCAAAGUGUGAAACACUCCAAUGGCUCACUUCCCAUGCCACCAGUAAACCUGCCCAUGGCAUUGAUUGGGAAUAGCCACUUUGGGAUCACUAAUACAAAUGUGAUGUGCUGGUGGGGCUUGAGAGAAUUUUUAAGAAAUCAAGUUUGCAAGGAAAAGUUUUUUUUUAAGCAUUCACCGCAAGGCUCUCACAUGUCUCCCCAUAUCCCAUGAUGCUCCUGCAUCCCCGUGGCCCCAUGUUGAACAUCUGAACGCUGUGCCAUCUGAGUAAGUGAGUACGUGCGAGGUGCCUGUCCCCACCAUGGCCCUGUGAUGAGGACUAACUUGAGAGCCAGGGCUGCACGUCGGUUCAUGCGGCUCGCUUCAUGUGCCACUAUUCAUUGUAAAUAAACAGGUGAGGCGUAUGUUACAUCGCCUUACUUGUUUAUCGAUGAAUUAUUAUUACCUACAAUCUGCCAAGGCAGUACAUAUUUAUAUUGUUCGAUGUCAUUUAUUUCUGUGGUGAGUUAAUAUAUUGUCCACUUUUCUAUUUAUUUUCUUUUGCCAACUUUCAUUUUGCAUAACGAGUCGACAAAAUAAAUUUUAACGUGUAAGAAAAGGUUGGGUUAUUCUUAAAUGGCUACUUUGCCAAUUGCUUUUGUUUAUAUAAACCCAUGUACAGUAAUUACCAAUAGUGUGCAGAAUCAUUCCCCUCUGGUAAUGCGUUUGGAUAAGCCCUCUGCUAGUUUGGAAAGCUGUCGUUGUUGUACGUACUGAUCUGUGUGUUCAAUAAGAAGUGUAAAAACAACUAUAAUGGGCAAACCCAAUGUUAAAUUACCCAGCAAGGCCCAGUGGCAUGCACACAAUCCAUAGAAGGGUGGUGGGGGGGAUGGAGGACAAAGAGGUUAAAGAAUUCCUACAAGGUUGCUAAGCAAAUCGUUAAUUUGCAUACAGCAUGACUGCUACGACCCAGAUGUGCCAUCCUGAACGAUCCACAGAUUACAUACACGGAGCUCGGCUCAUAAACCAGAUUAUUGCUCCUGCAGGUACCCCCUGGAGCAGGAUUUUGUGCAGGCCACUCAUGAGGUCACUUCAAAAUAGAUCGUGUAGAAUUCCUUUCUGAAAUUUGCUUCAAGCAUCUGUUUUUUGUGUGACCUGCUUGAAAUUGCAAAAAACAUGUAAAUAAAAUGAGUUUUGUGUUGUUA